UACAGGAUUGUUUUAUUGAUGUCACAGUGAAAUCACAGAGGCCGUUUUUUUGACACAGCGUAAAACUACAUGAACUGAACAAUGCUUAAAAAAAAAGGUCCAUGACUGAGUUCAACUGCCAACCCCUACUGUGUGGAGCAAUAUGAUAUAUUCAUAUUUGGAAAUACAUUUCGCAAAACAAUCACCACAGGUGCUAGGAAACCACAAAAGAAUCAUAGAAGUGUUUUUGAGAACAGUAUGAUGAAAUGAAAGAAGACGGAAGAAUGGAAAAGGGGUAAUUUUAAAAAGAGGAAUAAGAAGAAAAGAUACAACAUAAGGCCCCAGGUGCCUUUUUGUCCUGUCACUUCAAAAUCCUUGAAUCAACUUUGUUUCCUAAUGCACACAGACACAAACACACACACACAAAAACAAACAACCUCCUAUAUUUACAACCGCUUAAGGAAACUUGGAAGGGCACCAGUGAGAUUAAAUGGAUGAAAUCCCUGUUGCCUGCGCUUGAUCUCUUCGUCUGAAGAAUCCGUUUUGUCACGUUUUGCAGUCGCAGUCAGAGAGAGGCUUUUCCUUCGACCCAGACUUCAGCCUCGGCCACAAUUGAGCAAGCAAAACAGGACAUGCCAUGUCCUGGUCUACCGCUUCCUGCGAGACCUGAUGCAAUCUUUCUGUUGAUUCAGCAAUAUGCCAUGUGUCGCUAGAUUAUUGUUCCUGUUUCUUACAUUUUGCUUUCUCUUUGUGCAGCGUCACUGAUUUCCUGCGUCCAACUACAUUCGAGAUGGCUUCAGAGCAAGCUGGGCUUCAGCGAUGUUUGCAGAAUCGCAGGUCCACCAUCGAUUGCCUCUCAAAGGGUGUGCAGGACAACAAAACGUUCCCUUUUUCUCAGGAGAAAACAGUCAAAGCGUGGAGCUCGCUGGAGAACCUCGACAGUCCUGGCAUCAAAGCAGAGCACCCUGAAGCUGAGGGAAGACCUAAGUGGCAGAUGAGCAUCAGCGUUAAUGUUGGAGGGAAGGUUUUUCAUAUUCCCACACGGUGUGCCGUUAAAUAUCCCGACACCCGCAUAGGCUCCCUGGCUCUCUGCAAGGACCAGGCAAAUCUUCUCACACUGUGCGACGAUUACUCCGUACGAAAGGGCGAGUUCUUCUUUGACCGUGACCCUGCCUUCUUCCACCACAUCUGCCAUUUCUACACAAGCGGCGUUCUGUGGGUCGUACAGGAAAUGUGCCCCGUCAACUUUGAGGAGGAGAUUGCGUACUGGGGCCUGAGCCUGAAGGACACUCAGCGCUGCUGCUGGAUGGCGUUCGAGGAGAAGGUGGAUGAGGUGAAGGACAAGCUGAAGGUGGAGAGGGAGCUGAUGGCCGAGAUUGAGGGGAGGCACAGUGACGAGUCCUUCCAGGACAUGGUCUGCGGGGACGUGAGGAGGACUCUGUGGAACGUGGUGGAGGAUCCGUACUCUUCGACUCUGGCGAAGGCUUUCAAUGUGCUCUCCAACCUUUCCGUGCUCUUCUCUAUCGUGGCAAUGGCUCUCAGCACUGUGGGGGAACUUCAGAUAUAUACAGUGAAUGGUAAAACACACAUGGAAUGGGUGGAGAUCGUCACCAUUGUGUUCUUCACCUUUGAAUAUUCAAUCCGCCUUGGAACGACUCCUGACAUCACAAUGUUUUUGAAGAGUGGACUCAAUUUUGUGGACCUGGUGGCAGUGAUGCCUUUUUUCUUCCAGAUCAUCUUCGAAGCCUUUGCUCACAGCGAGGACGCGAGUGCACAGGGGGACCUCGGAGCCAUGUCUCAGGUCAGCGAGCUCAGUCAUGUCCUCAAAGUGGUCAAGCUGAUGAGGGUCUUUCGAAUUUUGAAGCUGGCGCGACACUCAACCGGCAUGAGAGCGUUCGGGUUCACGCUGCGGCAGUGCUACCAGCAGGCCUCCUGCAUUUUGCUCUUCAUCGCCAUGGGAAUCUUCACUUUCUCUGCCCUUCUGCAUUCAGCCGAGAGGGAAACUGAGGGAUCUCCCAUCAGCAGUAUCCCAUAUGCCUGGUGGUGGGCUGCAGUCAGCAUCUCUACUGUGGGCUAUGGCGACGUGGUUCCCGUCACCGUCCUGGGCCGAAUCGUGGCCUUUGGCUGCAUUUCAUUCGGUAUCAUCCUGAAUGGCAUGCCUAUCUCCUUCCUCUUUACCAAGUUCUCUGAUUACUAUGGCAAGCUGAAGGCCGAGGAGUACAACACCACCUCAGUGAGGCGGCGCCUUCGGCUCAAGAGGCGCCUCCGACACAGAGUGGACAUGUGUUUCCAUCCCUCAGGCGAAGACAGGGCCGCCGCGAGCGCCCACGCCGAGUGACUUUUAAAAAACGAUGUGAUGGUUCAUGUGGGUGUGGACAUGUUGCUUGGUAAACUCAGACAACAGAAGGGGAAACCAGGCAGGAUGUGGGGUGAGAAGGAGCGCAGGAGGAGGAAGUUGAGGUCCCUUUGCACAGAAGCAUUGUUGAUGACCAUGGCGUGUGUGAACAUGACGGACACUCUACACAGACUCCAACACCAAAUGAUGACUAGCAAAGCAGCGUAGAAAACAUUCUGUUCACAUUCAAUUCUUCUCAUUUGUAGAGCUGUGAGUAACUUGAUGACAUGCUGAAAUUGAACUCGGCUGUUUCAAGUUUGUCUGCUGUCUGCACGGUGCCGGACAGCACUUCAAAACAAGGGGAGAACCUCUCCGAAACACCAGUGUACAACCACAAGUGAAGAUAUGGUGUCACAUCCCUGAGUGAUGUUUGUGCAUUUGUGCUGACGGAGAAUUGUGACUUUGCACACUUGAAGUGUUGUAUGAAUCACUGGUGUACUUUGCACCGUGAGCCGCUCCUCGUGCCGCCGCUGCAGCACGUCUGUCGGUGAGCAAAAUCCACUAUCACAAGGUGUUACACUUCAAAUCUAAAUCCAAACAUUUGGGAAUGGCCUGUCGACAGUGAGGAAACGCUCCGAUAACAAGAAUACAUUUGAGUUCAUCACGUACUGUAUUGGAGCAUGAGAAGGAACUUGCUUCUCAUUGUUUUCAUUCAAAUAUGGAUUUUUUUUAUGUUGUUUUUCCGUUUGGGUUGAAAGUUUCUUUAAUUCAUUGCGGGUUCUUUGCCUGUUUUGUUCAUUUUAUCUUGUUGUUUUUUUUGUCUUGUUGUUUACAUGAAGUAAUAAAACAUGAACUCAUGGUAA